UAUUAAGACAUUUUUUUUUUUAAAUACUCAAAAUGUCGAAGGAAAUGAUGAUUAUAUUUGUGUACGAUACGGAGUGUUGUAAGAAGGAAGAAGAUGAUCCCGCUUCAGCUGUCGUAUAUUUUCAUCCUAGUUGGGUUUCAGACCAUCAGCGACUCGAAUUAGUUGGACAACUAAUGGGAACAACACAUUUCUUAUCAAAUGUUUUUACGUUCCCAAAAAUGAUUACAUUAGAAAGUGGAAAAUUCGCAAUAAGACGAUUUUCUCGAUAUAUUUUAGCAAUUGGUACAGAUAGAAAUAUUUCUGAUUGGGUUAUAGAUCAUCGUGCAGAUAUUCUCUGUUCAUUGAUUUCAAUAUUUCAUUGUAAUAUUGAUACUAUUUGUCAAAUUACGACCACAAAUGGUGAAAAUAAUAAGAAAUUCAAAGAAAAAUUAUAUCAAAUAUUUGAAACGUAUUUACCAAUUUUACAAUAUGGUGGUAAUACGUUUUCGAAUGCUCCAAUGAUGCAAUUACCGAAGAGUUCGAGUAACGUAUUUUUGGAAGCUAUUCAAAUAUUACAAUGUUGUCAAGAUGUGAAUGGUGUUUUGGGUGGAGUCAUGUUUUACCAUAACAAAAUUGUAGCAACUCAACUGGAUUCAGUAAUAACAAAAAUGUUAAUAAUGACUGAUCCUUAUCGAAUUAAAUGCACAGCAGAAACUUUAAAUGUAUCAUUUGAACUUCCUGAAGGGGUACAAUUAUUACAAGUAUACGUUCACAAAAAAGAAUAUAAUCGAUUGAAAGUACUUUCAAAUAAGUGUAGAAGUGCUUUUGAAAAUAAUAAUAAUAAAAAAUUGAAAAAGCCAUUUCCCUCAAAACCACCAAGCUCAACAAAAGAACCAGUAUUCACCGCAAUGAAACGUGAUAAAUCAAUAAUAUUUUCAACAGUACCAGAAGAAGAUGUCGAACAAACAUCUCCUCCGCCAUUACAAAACAACAAAAAGAAAUUUAUCGAACGACCACGUUCAUUAAGUUUAUUUUCAACAACAGCUGAUGUUAUCAAUAACGAAAAAAAGAAAGUACAAACUCCAUUUCGAAGUCAAGCUAGUGUUUGUUCAACACCAUUAGCUGAUAAAGUUUUACAUGGUAAUGUGAUGUCAAUUUGUUGUAACCCCGAAGAAGAAAUUAAACCUGUUGUUGAAAAUGUCGAAAAAGAAAAAGGGCCAGAUGAAAAAUUCAGUAUUUUAAAAAAUGUAUUUAGCAAUAAAAAAUUGGAUGAUGUAAAGCGAUCGUUGAAGAAGAAUAUUAGCCAAUUUUCAAGGAAUGUUACCAUGAAAUAUUAUGGAAUUGGUUUGAAAACAAUGCCAACAACACCAUUGGAAGAAAAUUCUGAUUCUGUUCAAACAAACGAUAAUAAAUUGUACCAUUGUACGACGAUUACCGAUCCAUAUUUUCCAGUAUUUGGUAAUAAUGGAAUGCCAAUUUCGAAAUAUUUAUAUGAUACACAAGUUGUGGAACAAUUAGAAUCAAUGUGUAAUGAAAAUCAGAAACAAAAAGAUAUCGAAUCUGAAGAUAAUGUCAAAGACAAUAACAUUUUUAAAAAUUUCGAUUCCGAUUUUAAAACAAUCCCACAAUUAACACAAAUUGUAUCAGAAAUAACAAAAGAUCCGAACGAUUCGAAUAAAAUCAAUGAAAAUAUUGAUAAAGAUUUUAAAAAACGUCGCCAUUCAUUAAAUUUACCAUUAAAAUCAUUAACAUUAGACUCUGUAAUUGAUAACGAAGAUGAUAAGAAAUUAUUAUUCUCACCAGUUCAAAAGAAUUUAGGUGGGGUACAAUUAACUCCACUUUUAUCAAAAUUAACCAUUUUGGCAAUGGAUGAAAAAUCAAGUGGGAUUGGUAGUCGUGAUACAACACCAAGUGAGAAUCGUGAUUUUAAUUUUGAUCGUAAUAUUUUCAAUAUCAAUAAGAAAAAAGAGAAUUUUGAGGAAAUCAAUAAUGAUGAAUUUAAUUCAAUGGAUUCAGAAGAUUUAGAAAAAGCUGCGCUAUUUAUUUGUGGCCAACAAAAUAUUGUUCUUAUGGUUUUAAUCGAAAUGGAUGUUGCUCAAGAUGCAGAAUUGAUUUUAAAAUUGUGGGAAAUAUGUUAUAAUACGCUGAAUCAGUUGGAAUCACAUUUACAUCAAUGUAUAGAUCCAUGUAGCAGUGCUACAACGGACAUGGGUGUGGAUCCUUAUAGUUAUAUGUGUUUAGAUCAAAAAUGGGAUAUCGUUCAACGUGGUGGUCCUUGGGGAGUUCCAGAAUUAUCUAUAAUUACACAUUUGCAUAAUAAUUUUAUGGAAGUAAAUAAUCUUUGUGAGAUUAUUGUCAGGAACGAUGAUAGUAUUAUUUAUGGUUACAAACACAGUCAGACUGAAUUAUUUUACCAUCAAAAUUCAAUAAGUAAUGUUGGAUUACCAACGCCUGCUGAUUUAAUGGGUACAGUUCCGUUAAAAGCAAAACGUCGAUUGGAACGUGACCAUGCUAUCAUUUUACUAUAAGUUGUAUAAUAUAUUUUGUUUUUUUAAUUAAAUAUUAUUUAAUAUAUUGCUUCAUAGGUGCCAUGAUCAGUUAAGUGUUAAUUAAUAUACACAUACAUAUACCCACAAAAUUAAAGGGCAUUUUACCAAAAAAAUAUAGUCUCUAAACGGGAUUUACGUGUCUUCCUUUUAUUAAAGUACUGACUGCAAUGUAGUCAUCAUCCGUAUGAAUUAUCUAAUCAUAAUAGGCAGGCCCGUGCUCACAGAAGGUGUUUUGGGGUCAAAAACCCUCCCGUUGAGAAUCUGUAUACAUAAAUUUUGAAUUAACAAUAUAGACCUAUAAAGGCACCCAUUUAUGAGACGUAUUUUCACUGGCGAAUCAGAUAUCCAUGCAUAUUUUGAGCUGGAUACAUUCUUUGGCUUUGUCUUCGAGUCGAGUAUUUCAUACAAAAAACCUGGAUCUUGGCAAGGUAUCGAACUGGCUGAUGCUGCGAAACAUAUUUUGAUUGAAAGAAAAGAAAACGCUGUAGAAAAGUUCAGGAAAAUUUUCAAAACCAUGAGUGAUAUCUGCCAUGAAUACAACAUAGAACUGUGGAAGCCAAGAUUCGCGUCAUAACAGA